GAGACACAUUUGCUUCCUGUAUCUUUUUAUUUUUUAUUUAUUUUCUGUUAUGUUUCCCACAUCUUCUCCUGUCAGAAGGGUCUCUCAUGAGCAGAAGUAGGAGGGAGCGCAGCGAGGGGACGCAAGAUAAACGCCUGUGCCUGUGUCUACUGCAUGCACGCAUGCACGCGUGCUGCAGACUAAAUAAGACACCUCCAGUUUUGGAUUAUCUGUCUGCCGGUGCGCUGACUGCCUCCAGACCUGGAGGCCGCCCUCCUCCUCCUCUAUCUCCUCCCUUUCACACUGAAGGAAGAGUAGAGUAAGAGACGGUAUACUGUUUGCCUCCUGCAGACUUCAACCACUCCUGACUUCUGGUCCAGCGAUAUGAACAAGAUGAAGAACUUCAAGAGGCGUUUCUCACUUUCCGUGCCACGAACAGAGACGAUAGAGGAGAACGAGUUCACAGAACAGAUAAACCAGCUCAACAUUCACUGCAAUGAUGGUGUGGUGCCCAAUAGUCUGGGUCUACACAGCCUGCAACCCAGUCCAGUGGCUCCAGACAGCCAGGCUCAAUCUCCCACCCAUCUGCAGUACCGCAACAAAGUCCAGCACCGCCGAUUCUCCAUGGAGGAUGUAACUAAGAGGAUGUCUCUGCCCAUGGAUAUUCGUCUCCCGCCAGAGUUUCUGAAGAAGUUACAGAUGGAAAGCACUCCACCAUGCAAACCUCUCAGCCGCAUGUCCAGAAGAGCCUCACUGUCGGACAUUGGCUUCGGGAAAUUGGAGACCUAUGUGAAGUUGGGCAAACUAGGAGAGGGCACAUACGCAACGGUAUUCAAGGGUCGCAGCAAACUCACAGAAAACCUGGUGGCUCUGAAAGAGAUUCGGCUCGAGCACGAAGAGGGCGCCCCGUGCACGGCCAUACGGGAAGUGUCACUGCUGAAGAACCUGAAACACGCCAACAUCGUAACACUGCAUGACAUUAUCCAUACAGACCGGUGUCUCACCCUUGUCUUUGAGUAUCUGGACAGUGACUUGAAGCAGUACCUCGACAACUGUGGAAACCUAAUGAGCAUGUACAAUGUGAAGAUAUUUAUGUUCCAGCUUCUUCGUGGUUUAUCAUAUUGUCAUAAGAGGAAGAUUCUCCACCGGGACCUGAAGCCUCAGAAUCUGCUCAUUAAUGACAAGGGAGAACUCAAACUGGCAGACUUUGGUUUGGCCAGAGCAAAAUCAGUCCCAACAAAAACCUAUUCGAAUGAGGUUGUGACCUUGUGGUAUCGACCCCCUGAUGUUCUACUGGGUUCUACGGAGUAUUCCACACCAAUAGACAUGUGGGGCGUGGGCUGUAUCCUGUACGAAAUGGCGACGGGGCGUCCCAUGUUUCCCGGAUCGACUGUCAAAGAAGAACUACACCUGAUAUUUCGGCUCAUGGGCACCCCAACUGAGGAAACCUGGCCCGGAAUCACAGCUAAUGAGGAAUUCAAAUCCUACCUGUUUCCUCAGUACCGAGCACAAGCGCUCAUUAAUCAUGUGCCCAGGCUUGACACAGAGGGGAUAGACCUUCUUUCGGCUUUAUUGCUGUACGACACCAAGUGUAGGAUUUCAGCAGAGUCGUCUCUGACACACUCUUACUUCCAGACUCUGGGCGAGAACGUCCACUCCAUACCUGACACCUCAUCUGUGUUUUCACUGAGGGAGAUCCAGCUACAGAAGGAUCCGGGACACAGGAGUUCAGUAUUCCAGCCUCCGGGUCGAGGCAAGAACCGCAGACAAAGCAUAUUCUGAGGAAAAGAAUCAAAGUGGUGCAUGAAGAGAUCGGCAGAACAAAAUCAUUAUGAAGGAAAAAGCAUCCAGAACAUGCAUGCAUGCAUCCAUUCAUAUACACACCAAUUCAUUACAGUCUGGACUUCAGAAAACAGACUGAAUAGAAGUAUAACAUUAGCUGGUUAAAAGUAUAACCAAGACUCAAUCAAAUCUCAGUCUCUUUCAAACCUAAAAACCAUGCUGGUCUUGACGCCCAGAGAUAGGAUGCUCUAUGUUAGGCAUUUAAAGUGUGUCUGGACUCUUCUCUGUCUGGAGACGUAGAUCUGAACACCUCAAAGUACUACUAGAUUUAGAAUUUUUAUUUGUGUGUGUGUAACAUGGUAGAUUCAUAUCCUACUUUUCCCAUUGAGUGAAAUUUCCUUUAUUUCAGUUCAGAUUUGACUUGUUUUGCCAUACGUGUUUGAUGAGUCACGGCACAUAUUACGGUUUAUUUCGCAAACAUUCAUUAAGUAUUAUAAUAUUUAAAAGUGUUUAUUUUGAAGCAUUAAAGGGUUAGUUCACCCAAAACUAACCCUUUAAACAUGCAAAUUGUCAUAAAUAUUUGAGCCAUUGAAUAGAGAAAUUACUUGAAUUAUAUCAUGAUACCAUUGAACUUCAGCUAUUAAAUGAGCUGUAAGCGAUUUCACCUGUUUUUCAAGCAAAAUAAAGGCCCAUUCACACCAAGGACGAUAAUUAUAAUGAUAAAGAUAUUGUUCUAAAAAUCAUUCUAAAUAUAAAAGGAUAGCAGAGUCCACAUCACAACUAUAACGGCACAGAGAAACAAUAUUAUUAGAAUCACUUUCAGAAAGAUUUUUCCAGCUGAUGAACAAUAAAAACAUUGACAGCCAAUCAGAAUCCAUCCUGCUUUAAAGAGCUCAAGCAUUUAAAGCAGCAGACGACAAAACUGCAGCACCCUUAGAAUAAACAGAACGAUAUUGUCUGCUAAUAUAGUUAGGGGCCAAGCACUGAAGGUGCGAUGGUACCUAUUGUAUCAGUUAUUAUUCUUUUUCCUCUUCUUCUGUUUCUUCUUCUUCAGCUUGAUUUGAUUUUCAAAUUUUUCUUCAUGAAACUUUUCCUGCCAAAAAAAAUACUUUAACUCCUCCUAAACAGUUGCUCCAAUUUUCAUGAAAACUAGAUAAUCUUCAGACUAUGCGGGCAAAAAGUUAUCAAAAGCUUUUUGAUAAACCUAACCAUUCUCGAAUAGCGCGCAAACAAAUUCAAAGAAGACCAUGGCAAAUUGGACAUGAGACUAUAUCUCCGCAAUGUUUCGGCAUAUUCAGACCAAACUUGGUACAUGUCAUCACAAUCAUGACCUGAGGCUACAUGCUGUUUCGGCACAGCGCUACCUACUCGUCCAGAGUUAGUAAAAAUGUCUAUUUUUGGGCAGCAUGCAGAGUCGAAUGAUAUCCAAUUUUACCAUAUCGGCCAUUUUGGGCUUCAGCCAUUAUGCAUUUUGCAGCAAAAUUCUGUAUUUUUUUAACACAUUAGCAUAUCAUUACGAAACUCGGUAUGGGUCAUCAGCACAAUGCCCUGAAGGAGCAUGAGAAAUUGAGACAGUGCCACCUAGUGGUGAAAUCAAAUUCAUAUGCUACUAACUUUUGAUGUGGUUGACUUAUUUUCAUGAGACUCAUCUCCUCAGAUUCUUGAAUCCUUGCCGAGUCCAACGAUACCUAACAUGCUAGGUUUUGCAUUAUGGUUUGCGCAACAUUGCGAUUUAGCGUUAAAGCAAUGUUCACGAAUAUCUUCGAAACCGUUAGUCCGAUCGAGAUAAAACAACCACAAAUAGGAAAUUCGGAAAUGUAGGUCGUUGGCUAUAUGUUAAAGCCUAAAUGCCAAAUUUUUUAUAGUAAGUGACAAAAAAUGCAAUCAAAGUCGUGCAUGGGUCAUUUUUAUGUACUCAUACAUCUACAUGUCUAUAACUCCUAAGCGAAAUUAGAUAUUUUCACCAAAUUUGACACCUAUUUAUGGGCACACUCUGAGGACACAUAAAAAAAAUAAAAAAAAGUGGUGGGUGGUGCUAUAACUGAACAAAAUAUUAAAUUGCCACUCACUACAAUAAAGCAUAUAAAAUAAAAUGCUAUAUUUUACUGAUGAUUUUACUUCUUUCUUGCUUCGUGCAUGGCACCUUAAUGGCUUCUUGCAGCAAUAUUUAUCAAUAUAGUUAUCUUUCUUGGUGUGAACGGGCAUUCAGACCGCCUGUUUCCAAUUGGCUAGAAAAUAGCUUUGGUACACCAAAAAAAAAAAAAAAAAAAAAAAAAAAAAAAAUCGCUUACAGCAUCUUUAACUAGUCACUAAUUUAUGAAACCAUCAAAAGGUGCCUUUUGCAGACCAUAAGAGAUGAUGGGGUCCAAUUUUACGCCUUUCAAAAAAACCAUCUACUUCAAUCUUCUCAAGGAUCUCGCUCCUUUCAAGUAAUUGCACAUGCAGAUAUUAGUUUUGCCAUUUAAGCUAAUCGCUACUCCGUAUUUGCACAUGGCAUGCAAGUGUCCUGGAAUUGAAACUUAACGUUGUUCACCUUCUCCUACUGUAUCUUGUAGUUUUUUUUUUUUAAAAAUGAGCGCACUAUGACUCUUUAUUGUAAAUGGCACUUGAGCACAUGCUAGUUUCGAAGUGGACAGAAAUGAAAAGCUUGAUCAUUUAAAGGCCACCAGGGAACAUAAAUACUGACUGAUAAAGAAGAAAUUCUAUAAAAUAUAAUGACUUAUGAAGAUUUAGUUUAACAUCACUGCAGCAGCGGCACUAAUUUAUGUGUUUUGUGGUAAAUGAAAAUAUUUUAAAUACUCUAUUGAAAAUAAUUAAUAUAUAAAUAUAUGUAUUUUGACAAGUGUUUUCUUUAUUCUCAGUGAACUUUUGCCAGAAAGGAAAAAAACAACGGUAUUAAAUGAUCUUAGAUGAUGUCUAAAUGUUUUAUAAAAGAUUUAGAUUUUUGUAUGAAAUGUGAUAUUAAAUAUUUUGUGUGAUUUGUCUAUUCUAUUAAGAUAUUCUGAAGCUGAAUGUAUUGUGACUGCGAAAAUGCCAAAAGUAAUUAAAUAAUAAACUAAAUAAAUUAUGAAGUUGAGUUGAA